CAGAUAAUAUUAUUGAUGCAUCACACAUAAAACACGUAACCGAUGCGUGAACAAACGUCACACAACGAGCAGACCUACGGCGAAUGGCCGGUUUAUUAGAAACUGGAUAAUGUGAACAAAGCGUGCAACGUUUAUCGUUUGUUAUUACUUAUUAAGUAUAAGGAUUUUAACUUGGGAGCAAACAUUGUCGCUUUUGACUUUCAUUUUAUUAACAACAGGGGAACAGUUUGGAUCUUUCGUUGGAAAAUGUCGGGGGAAAAGUUAGAAUUACGUGUGGUUAAUUAUAUGAGUCCCACACACCCCGUGGAACUGUACGAGUUGAUUGUGGAAUUAUUGGAGGUCGCUGUCGACUGCCAUGCAGUUUUACAAUAUGAGUCGCGAAGUCCCGGACCAAUACCUGGCCGCCCAGACCCUUUCGCCAACGACAAGGUUGAUAUAGCGUUCAUGACAGCGGCAGCGUACAUGAAAUUGCGCGAGAAAAAAAAUGAAUUCGUCGAACUGUUACCAGUUACUCCAGUUUUUGCCCAUCAGAUGAAUGUGGAGAACAAGCCUGGUUACUUCUCGGACAUAAUCAUACACUCUGACAAAAAAGCACACAAUGUUAACACUUUGCUGGAUCUUAGAGGAUGCACUUUCGCAUACAAUGAUGAAGAAUCACUGAGUGGCAGCAAAAUUGUGUUAAAGACGUUAAAAGAAAAGGGAGAGAACGCUUCCUUCUUCGGAUCACUUUUAAAAUCUGGAUCACAUUUGGCGUCGGCACAAAUGGUGUUAUCUAAACAAGCCGAAUGGGCAGCAGUUGAUUCAACAACUCUUCUCUAUUCGAAGAAGUUUAUGCAGGACGGCGGUAAAGAAAUCAUUACCUUGGAGACGCUGGGUCGUUUGCCGCCUUAUCCUAUUGUAGUAAAUACUAGAUUGCCAGAGAGCAUAAAAAAUGCGUUAAGCAAAGCGCUACUGAGUCUACCACAAUCGACAGAGUGGAAACGACAGUUUGCAAAGUUCGGAAUCAUAAAAUUCGACACCAACUCUGAUGGUGCUUACGAUGGGCCGCCUGCACAGAUGUGGUCCAUACAGAACGAGAAACUCAAUGUUAGAUAUUAUUAGACUGUUCCUAGUCGUAAGUUUAGUUUACGUUUUAUAUAUUCUCUAUGUUGAUUAUACACCAAAAAACUAAUUUGUUAGUCUAAACUACGAUAAAAAAUCGAUUAUUAAAAAUAAAAUU